UCUGACCGUUUUGCGACUACAAAUAAAAAAAGAAAAAAUCUCCGUCUGGACCCCUGAAGCCUCACCAACUCCGCCAUCUCUCUCUUUCUCUCUUCAGAUCUUUGCUCGCUAAUUCCCUCGUGCUCCAUCAUCAUCCAUGGCUUCCGAGAAUCCCUUCCACAGCAUUUUCAAGACCCUUGAGAGGCCUGACGGCGGCGAGUUUGGGAAGUACUACAGUUUGCCUGAUCUGAACGAUCCCAGAAUCGAUAAACUUCCGUAUUCGAUUAGGAUACUUCUCGAAUCGGCUAUACGUAACUGUGAUGAGUUUCAAGUUAAGAACAGAGAUGUUGAGAAGAUACUUGACUGGGAGAAUUCUGCCCCCAAGCAGGUUGAGAUUCCGUUCAAACCUGCUAGGGUGCUCCUUCAGGAUUUUACCGGUGUUCCUGCGGUUGUCGAUCUUGCUUGUAUGAGAGAUGCCAUGAACAAGCUCGGCGGUGAUUCUAACAAGAUUAAUCCACUGGUCCCUGUAGAUCUUGUCAUUGAUCACUCGGUUCAGGUUGACGUUGCAAGAUCAGAAAAUGCAGUGCAGGCAAACAUGGAACUUGAGUUCCAGCGUAACAGGGAAAGGUUUGCUUUUCUCAAAUGGGGUUCAAAUGCAUUUCACAACAUGCUUGUCGUACCCCCUGGAUCUGGGAUUGUGCACCAGGUCAACCUCGAAUACCUUGCCAGAGUUGUAUUCAACACAAAUGGAGUCCUUUACCCAGACAGUGUUGUUGGAACAGAUUCUCACACCACCAUGAUUGAUGGACUUGGUGUUGCUGGAUGGGGAGUUGGCGGUAUAGAGGCAGAAGCUGCCAUGCUUGGUCAGCCAAUGAGCAUGGUCCUGCCUGGUGUUGUCGGUUUCAAACUAACUGGAAAAUUAAGAGAUGGAGUGACAGCGACUGAUUUAGUCUUAACAGUGACUCAGAUGCUGAGGAAACAUGGAGUAGUCGGAAAGUUUGUCGAAUUCCAUGGGGAAGGGAUGAGGGAAUUGUCUCUAGCCGACCGUGCUACAAUUGCCAACAUGUCUCCUGAGUAUGGUGCGACCAUGGGAUUUUUUCCCGUGGAUCAUGUCACUUUGCAGUAUCUUAAGUUGACUGGCAGAAGUGAUGACACUGUCGCAAUGAUAGAAUCCUAUUUACGGGCUAAUAAGAUGUUUAUAGACUACAAUGAGCCUCAAAGUGAGAUAGUGUACUCCUCUUGUUUGGAACUGAAACUCGAGGAUGUGGAACCUUGUAUAUCUGGGCCCAAGAGGCCACAUGACCGUGUUCCUAUCAAGGAAAUGAAGGCAGACUGGCAUGCUUGCUUGGAUAACAGAGUUGGGUUCAAGGGGUUUGCUAUACCAAAAGAAGCGCAGAACAAGGUUGUUGAUUUCGAUUUUCAUGGAACUCCAGCUCAGCUUAGACAUGGGGAUGUUGUUAUAGCGGCAAUCACUAGUUGCACAAACACCUCUAACCCUAGUGUAAUGCUUGGUGCUGCCUUGGUUGCAAAGAAGGCUUGCGAACUGGGACUGGAGGUCAAACCAUGGAUUAAAACUAGCCUUGCCCCUGGUUCUGGGGUUGUAACCAAAUAUCUGCAAAAGAGUGGCUUGCAGAAAUACUUGAAUCAGCUUGGCUUCAAUAUAGUGGGUUAUGGGUGUACGACAUGCAUAGGGAAUUCCGGGGAUAUUGAUGAAGCUGUGGCAUUAGCCAUAGCUGAUAAUGACAUGGUGGCUGCGGCUGUGUUGUCGGGCAACAGGAACUUCGAGGGACGUGUACACCCGUUGACCCGAGCUAACUAUCUUGCUUCCCCUCCACUUGUUGUAGCCUAUGCCCUUGCUGGAACUGUUGACAUAGAUUUUGAGACAGAGCCGAUUGGAACAGGGAAAGAUGGCAAGCAGAUAUUUUUUAGGGACAUCUGGCCAUCUAACAAUGAAGUGGCUGAGGUUGUACAAGCUAGCGUGCUUCCUGAUAUGUUUAAAGCUACAUACCAAGCAAUCACCAAAGGAAAUUCCAUGUGGAAUCAGUUGUCAGUCCCAUCCGGCACUCUCUAUGCCUGGGAUCCAAAAUCAACUUACAUUCACGAGCCUCCUUAUUUCAAGGACAUGACCAUGUCUCCUCCUGGCCCGCACAGCGUGAGGAACGCUUACUGUUUGCUCAAUUUCGGAGACAGCAUUACAACCGAUCACAUCUCUCCAGCUGGUAGUAUUCACAAAGACAGUCCUGCAGCAAAGUACUUGAUGGAACGAGGUGUAGACAGAAGAGACUUCAACUCUUAUGGAAGCCGACGUGGUAAUGACGAGAUUAUGGCCAGAGGUACCUUUGCCAAUAUCCGCAUUGUCAACAAGCUCUUGGGAGGAGAAGUCGGGCCCAAAACAAUUCACGUCCCUAGUGGAGAGACGCUUUCCGUCUUUGAUGUUGCCAUGAAAUACAAUAGUGAUGGACAAGACACCGUCAUUUUGGCUGGUGCUGAAUAUGGAAGCGGAAGUUCUCGUGACUGGGCCGCUAAGGGUCCGAAGCUUCUGGGGGUGAAAGCCGUGAUAGCGAAAAGCUUUGAGAGGAUUCACAGAAGCAACUUGGUGGGUAUGGGGAUCGUUCCUCUCUGUUUCAAGGCAGGGGAAGAUGCCGAGACUCUCGGCCUGACUGGCCACGAGCAGUACAACAUCGAGCUCCCGAGCAAUGUCGGCGAAAUAAAACCCGGACAGGACGUGACCGUCGUUACAAACAACGGAAAAUCCUUCUCGUGCACCCUCCGGUUCGACACAGAGGUGGAGUUGGCGUAUUUCAACCACGGAGGAAUCUUGCAAUACGUUAUCCGCAAUCUGAUUGGUUCAAAGUGAUGAAACUCAAGCGGAAGAGCCUUUGUCCGAAUCUGAUGCAACUCUUUUAUCCACAAGGUAAGAUUUCAUUUUCAAGGGGAACGACUAAGAUGAAGACUUUGCGCGUUGUUAAUUUUUUUUUUAAUCUUCGCUGUUUGGGAAGGACUUGCUCGUUUGUUUUGAAGUGAUGAUGCUGCUUCAUGUUUUCUGAAACCAUUUUCUUUUCCUAAUAAAAUGCUUUUACAUUAGCCUGUUA